AUGUGCAAUGGUUUAUUUAUUGACAAAAGUGUUGAUGAGUCUUGGACUUUCCUAAUUGAAGUGUCUGAAAAUACUCAGCAGUGGGAGUCCAUUCGUGAACCUAGGAAGACUGCCCCUGUAGCUGAUGUUCAUAGGAUUGAGUCUGACUUUGAGGGAAAUGCAAAAAUCGCAACGUUGGCAAGGAGAGUAGAAGCGCUAGAGCUGCAGAAGAAUGUGAAACCUUCUGCCACUACUCUCCGUGACCACGUUGAAAUGUCUAUUUGUGCUGCAUGUAAUAGUUAUGACCAUCUAGUGGACAGUUGUCCAGAAAUACUUGCAUUUCAGGAAUCUAGACUUGAACAUGCCAAUGCGUUGUAUCAUAAGCAAGAGAAUAAUUCCUAUUCUCAGACUUACAACCCAGGGUGGAGAAACCACCCUAACUUUUCAUGGUCUAAGGGCCCUGUACAAGGGGGUACACCAGGAAACACACAAGGAUAUUCGUACCCUAGAAACCCCCAGACGCAGUCGUACACACAACACCCUUCUAAGAAAAAAUUGUCUAGCAUUGAAGAAAGUGUCGGUCUGUUGACCCAGAAUCUUUUGCAAAAUCAGAAGACCACUGACCAACGUUUUACUAGUCUAGAACUUAAGAUGGGUCAGAUCUGUGAUGCGCUUAAUGAAAGGGAAAAGGGUAAGUUCCCAAGUCAGCCUCAACAAAACCCGAAAGGCACAUUUCAGGAAAGUACAUCUACUUGUAAUGAGACUGCACAUGCUGUCACCACUCUUCGUAAUGGUAAAGUUGUUGAUAACAACGUAGGCGUACCAAAAACCAGUGAGUCUGAGUCAGACUCAUCAUUGCAUGCAACGCCACAAAAAACAUCCAUUGUAGAAAAUGAAUUUGAGCAUGUUUGUAAAUCUAAAUUUUUUACUGAUGUUAAUGUUUCUUUACCAACUAAUGUUCCUGUCGCUCCAUUUCCUCAAAGGUUGGUGCAGCAAAAGAAAAGCACCCAUUACAAUGAGAUGUUAGAGAUGUUCAAACGAGUUAACAUCAACAUCCCGUUUCUCGAGGCAAUUAAGCAAAUCCCUGCAUAUGCUAAAUUCCUUAAGAAUUUGUGUACACAAAAGCGCAAGCUUAAUGUGCAGAAACGUGCUUUUCUAGAUGAGCAGUUAGGUCUUGGAGAGUUAAAACCAACACCUAUAACUCUGCAAUUGGCAGACAGAUCUGUCAAAGUUCCUCGUGGACAUUCCUUCUUGGCGACGUCCAAUGCAAUUAUAAACUGUCGUAAUGGAGUAUUGAAACUGUCGUUUGGUAACAUGACUGUGGAAUUUAAUGUGUUUAAUGUUAGUCAACGGCCUAUGGAUAUUGAUAAUAAUGAUGUGUAUGAAAUUAAUAUGAUUGAAAGCUUGAUUCAAGAUUCACUGUCUAACACUUUAUCAGUUGAUCCUUUGCAAACUAAAGUGGAGCCACUCCCACCUUCUGAUUCCAAGUAUGUUCCAUCUCUUGUUGAGCCACCAAAGCUUGAACUGAAACCAUUGCCUGAUAUUCUUAAAUAUGCAUUUUUGGGAUCUUCCAAUACUUUGCCUGUAAUCAUUUCAUCUGCGUUAGAUAUAAAACAGGAAAAUAGCAAAUGGGUUAGUCCCAUUCAAGUUGUGCCCAAAAAGUCGGACAUUACUGUUGUUCAGAACGAAAAGAAUGAGCUAGUCCCUACUCGCCCUCGCUUUGUGAGGGAGGUUAGAUCAUUUUUAGGCCAUGCUGGUUUCUACCGUAUAUUCAUUAAAGAUUUCAGUAAGAUCUCAAGGCCUCUGUGUAAUCUACUUGGUAAAGAUGUUGCUUUUGUAUUUAAUGAUGCUUGCAAACUAGGAAGUAUUACAAAGAGAAACAUGAUUCCAUUACACCCUAUCUUGAUUGUUGAACUGUUUGAUUUGUGGGGAAUUGACUUCAUGGGACCAUUUCCUAAUUCUGAAGGUACUCAACGGAAACUUCAACUCAAUGAGUUGGAAGAGCUGAGAAAUGAUGCUUAUGACAGUGCUAAGCUGUACAAGAACAAAAUGAAAGUGUUCCAUGACAAGAACAUUUUGCGCAAGUCAUUCAGACCUGGCCAAAAAGUCUUGCUAUACAAUUCCCGUUUGCAUCUUUUUCCAGGUAAAUUGUGUUCGAGAUGGACGGGCCCGUUCUUGGUGCACACAAUAUUCCCUCAUAGAGCUGUAGAACUCGAAGAUGUAGAAAAUAAGAACGUUUUCAAAGUCAAUGGGCAGAGACUAAAGUCGUUCCUUGAACCAAUCCCACCUGAAAUCGAAACAACUAAUUUGGAAGAUCCCAUUUACGUGGACUGA